UCAGGUUUUGCUUGGAAUUUUUGGAAUUCGGAAUUUUUUGGUAUUCUUUUUGUUGUUGUUGUUGUUGAAUUGAAAUGGCUAAGAAUUUUAAAUUCUACAAUACAUCUACAAUCGAUCUAAAUCCAUGUAUUAUUGAUUAUUCAAAAAAAUGUAAUACUUUUAUAAUUGGAACAUAUCAAUUGAUUGAAAAUGGAACCGAAAUUUGUGAUGAAUAUACCGAAGAACAAUUAACAUUUUUAAAUAAUCGAAUAGGCAGUAUAAAUAUUUUCGAUGCGGAAAAUAAAUUCAUUACCAAACAUUGCUGUCAAUCGGGUGGUGUUUUCGAUUUGAAAAUAUCCGAAUAUCAUUAUACAAAUGACAAUGACAAUGAAUUAAUUAUUGCUGCACAUUCAAAUGGAAUGUUUGCUAUUUAUAAAUUGAAAAAUGGUAAACAAAUUGAACAAAUUCGACAAAUCAUAACCGGUACAAAAAUGUUAACCACAAUUGAUGAUUCGUUUGUGGAUAAUUUUCUAACAUUGGCGAUAGGAAGUUCGGAUGGUAAACUUUUCUGUUAUCAAUUUUCGAUAACAGAUUCGAUUGAAGAUCUAGUGGAACAACAAUCAAUACAUUCCAUUGUCACAAAAGAUUCAUCAUCAAUUUGGUAUUCGAAAAUAAUCCGUUUCAAAAUUAAUGAAUUUCAAAUUGAAAAAAAUUUAAUUUUUGUUGGUUGUGAAGAUUCUACAUGGAGAAUAUUUGCUUGCAACCCGCAGAAUUUAACCGAAUUAUUUAGAAAUUGUGAUUCAUCAUAUGGUGUAACAUCGAUCGAAUUAUUUCGUAUGAUUCAAAUCGAUACGAAAAUUGUUUCCAUUAUCUUAUUGGUUGGAUCAUAUGAUGAAAAUUUACGCAUUUAUAGUAUUGAUUUGGAAUUUAACCAUAAUUCGGAUGUAAAAAUUCUUCGUUGUUGUCUGCAACAAAAAAUACAUAUUGAAGGUAGUGGAAUAUGGAGAAUUCGUGUAAACAAUGAUAAUAUUCUCAUAUCGGCAAUGUAUUCAGGUGCUUAUUGGCUUAAAUUAGAAAUUUCAAAUGAAUUGGAUAAUUUUAAACAAAAAAUUCAACAUAAUCAUAAUUCUAAUAUUCUAAAUUAUAAACUAAAUAAAUUUUUAUUUGAAAAUGAAGAUUUAUUAAAUGAAAAUCAUCUUGUUUAUGGAAUUGCAUCCGAUAAUUCUCAGUCAACGGUUAUAUUUGCAUCAUUUUAUGCUAAAAAAAUUUUCCUAUAUAAAUUAUGUGAUAUUUAUUUAUGAAUCGUGCG